AUGCUAACGGCAUAUUGCCCGAGUGCUGAAAUUAUUUCGUUCGCUUUCCGCGAUGGAGCUUUUGUUAAUAUUGAGCUCACACCAGAGCUCAUUUGGCGGUUGCGAUUCGUCCCUUCCCCCUCCGGUGGAAGCCUGAAGUUCUGGACACGCCCAUCCUCCGGCGGCUUGAGCGCACUUCAAACGGCUUUGAACUUUAUGGGUCUUUGUCGAUGA